UUUAUAUGAUGAGUGAACUGUGUUUAUGCUAGACUAUCAACUUGAGUGGAAAAGUAUUUAAGUGAAAGUGAAGAAAAAAAACCCUGAGGGGAUUGAAUUAGCUGACAACAGAAAUAACAGGAAAGAGAAACUCAUAGACGUCUCACCUUAGAAAAGAGCCAAUCAAGAUACAAAGGGGGCGGACCAAGAGAGAAGAUAUAGUCAGUGCGACAGGUGACACCUUGACAUAGAGCAAGGACAAACAGAUAAGGAAGGAUUGGAGAAGAACAGUCAGCCACUUUAAAGCCAAGAGACAAUUAUUUGGAUGAGCAGUCUCUUUUGGUGAAGAUUGAAAAAGAAAGACUUUCAGGAACAGAUUCAUCCAGAAUUCUACACGAAGAGGAAGGACAACGAAAAACACAUUAGAAGAGGGUGCGAGGCGAAGAGAAACUUAACGAUGUCUUCGUUUGAGACGCAGAACCAGUCUCCUCCUCGUUGCGGCCCACAGUUUCCCAGCCUGGGCCAGGAACCUCCGGAGCUCAGCAUGUAUGGUGAAUGCUACUACCCUCCUCCCUCCCUGCCGAGUCCUCAGCGCACCACUCCUUCCUCUUACGAACUCAGUGACUAUGCCACCUCAUCUCCAAACCCUUACCUUUGGUUUAACAGCUCUGGGAUCAACUCCUCAUCGUACCUGUCUAGCAAUGGCCCGCCCGGUAAUCCAGGCCCACCAUUCGUACCUCAGCACUACGGCCUACAGAGACCCUACCUGGGUCCAGCCGGACCUGGGGGUCCGGGAGGGGAACUAAGCUGGUUCUCUCUUCCCUCGCAAGAAGAUCUGAUGAAACUGGUCCGACCGCCUUAUUCCUACUCGGCUCUGAUCGCCAUGGCUAUCCACGGAGCCCCGGACAAGAGACUGACACUGAGUCAGAUUUACCAGUACGUUGCAGACAACUUCCCGUUUUACAACAAGAGUAAAGCCGGCUGGCAGAACUCCAUCAGGCACAACCUGUCCCUCAAUGACUGCUUCAAGAAAGUGCCAAGAGACGAGGAUGAUCCAGGUAAAGGCAACUACUGGACACUUGACCCGAACUGCGAGAAGAUGUUCGACAAUGGAAACUUCCGCCGCAAAAGGAAGAGGAAGUCCGACUCGCUCAACAGUGGCGAUGGCGCUUCAGGGCCUCAAGAGUCAGGAGACAGCGAGAGGGGAAGCCCCAAACACCCCGCCCUUACCAUGUCCCCGACACCGGACAGAAUCCCCUCCCCUUCGCUGUCGGGCCCGACGCCGUGCCUGAGCAGCUUCUUGUCUGAAAUGUCUACGGUAUCCACCGGAGCAACGAACGACGUCGGGGGAGACGGGUUGAGCAGGCCACUGCAGAUUAACCUGCCCUUAGACGGACCUCACAGAGCCGCCCAGCCGGGAAGCUUCAGUAACUAUUCCCCCAACUCAGGUGUCUCAGAGUGGGUACCGCAGGUGGCAGCUCCCCCUGUGCUCACUUCCUCGCCCUCCCACUCUUCUCUAGGUUACUCUAGCCCCAUUCUGAGCCAGUACAGCGGCUCCAGCGGGCAUUUCUAUCCCACCCUGAGCUCCACCGGAAUCAUCUAUCACCGUGAGGGCACAGAGGUUUAAGGAGACGUCAGGGGAAGGAAUGUUGUCUUAGGAAGGACUAUUAGAAGGACUCUUCAAACGUCUGGUGUUAGUUUUGGCUCUGAGAAUAAAAAAAAAAAAGAAUGUUUUUUUUUUUUGCUGACAGAGCUAGGGGUGAACACUAUAGCACGCGACCUUAGCUCAACUGGGCUCAGUUCCCACAGAAAAAAAAGCUGAAUCAGGCACAGCGGGCUUUCAUUGUCUAACCGUAAAAAGAAAAAAAAAAAAAAAAGCUUCUUGCCUCUCUAUCAGGUGCUGUCAGCUUUUAUUUUAGAUAUAUCUCUGUAAGAGCUGAGUCAUUAUUAACCGGCCCAGCGCUAAUCUGCUGACACCGUGCCAUUCCGCGCUAUAUCGUUGAUGGUAAAGCACAGACAGCACAUUUUAGAGGGGUAGUUAAAUUACAGUGGUGUCACAAUUGUGUGUUUUGUUCCUGCACUGAAGGAAUAAACAAGUGAUAUUGAGAUUUUCUGUCAUGGUCUUUUAGUGCUGCAACAACUGGAUUCAUUUACGGUCUGGGAGUGUAAUAUAGAGGUGGUAGUUGUACUCUGUAUAAAGGUUCACAUGUUGUGGUUUGUUGCACCUGAUUGUUGGCGAAACUUUUGUUCAACACAAUGAGUUUGUAAGGUAUCACCACAUGCUGUAUGUUGUGUUUUUACUAUGAAUAAAAUCUUUUUGAUUUAAA